AACACCUGAACUUCUGCGGCGCACAGAGGAGCAGAAACAUUUUAUUUCUGGAUUUAAACAUGGACCACACGUUGCUCUGUGUGCUGAGCGUAUUGUUUUUGUGGGGAUCUGGACACGAGAAUCUGUGGUCAGCAGCAUCAAGGUCUGUACUGACUGUGUCUCCAUCAUGGCUGAGUUCUGGAGAAUCAGUGAACCUGAGCUGUGAGGUUAAAGAUUCAUCUGCAGGAUGGAGGUUCUACUGGUAUCAAGCUGUUCCUUAUUUAUCAAAGAAAAACUACAGAUAUGAUUCACUGCCAGGUAGCAUCAGUGGGACUGUAGAGAACUCCUUCAUCAUUCAUGGACAGAAACACACAGCAGGAUUUGCAUGUAGAGCUGGAAGAGGAAACCCAGAGGAUUUGACUCAUUACAGUGAACCAAAGUUUGUCUGGUCUGCAGAUCCUCAUCCAGCAGCUUCUCUCUCAGUGAGUCCUGACAGAGAGCAACACUUCACCUCUUUGUUUAAGUCUGUGACUCUGAACUGUGGAGGAAACUCUGCUAAGUGGAGAGUGGUGGAGUUUAGAGAAUCAGGUUCUUCUUCAUUUCUAUGCUCUACCUGGGGGACAAUGAGUGGAUCCUCAUGUACCAUUAACAGUCUCCAGUCCCAUAAAUCAGUGUACUGGUGUGAGUCUGGAUCAGGAGAGUUCAGCAAUGCAGUCAACAUCACCUUUCAAUAUGAAGAUCUUCUCCUGGUGAGCCCCGUCCAUCCUGUGACUGAAGGAGCUUCUGUUACUCUGGGCUGCAGACUGAGAGGAGAAAACCAACUUUCUAAUGUGUUUUUCUAUCACAAUGACAAACUGAUCCAAAGUGACAGCAGAGCAGAGCUGAAUAUCUCUGCAGUGUCUCAGUCAGAUGAAGGUUUCUACAAGUGUGAACAUUCAGGAAAAGUUUCACCUCAGAGCUGGAUGGUAGUUAAAGCUGUUUCAAGACGUGUCAGCUCUUCAUUUCCUGUGCUGUUGGUUGUCGGACCGGUUUGUGGAGUCGUCCUCGUUGUUCUCCUGCUGCUUCUGUGUCUCUUUGUAAAGUCCACAGCUACAUCUAACUUGAAUGACUCAGUGAGAAUCCCUGAAGAUCCUGUAAACGAUGCAAACGACGACCAACACGUCACCUACUCUCUCCUUGAACUUAAAAACUCCGGAAACAAGAGUCGCCAUUGUGAACCAGAGGAGGGCGCUGUUUAUUCUAAUGUGAGAGUAGGAUCUGCAGGAAGGUCCAGUCCAGCAGCAGCCGACGCAGCCGUUUACUCUGAAGUGAAAUCGACCUCUGGAUACUGAUAAUGCUGUUUGGACUGAAUGUUAGAUGGGUUUGUUAAAAAAUAUAUUCUCGACAUUUAAUUCAGAUUAAUAAGACAUGUAUUGAUAUGUGUUCAAUUGAGAAAUAGAUCAGAUAUAAAAGUACUUAAUUCAAGACUGGGUCAAGUCAACAAUGAUACUCCACAGAGCUAUAAUAUUCCAGAGUUAAACAAAAUGUAAUUUUCUCCUUGGCUGUUUGCAGACAAAAACACCAGGUAAGGUAAAAUGCGUUUAAGAUGAAAUCAAACAUAGUUUUUUGUUGUUGUUGUUUUCCUUUUGACUCAGAACAAGGUGAAUAAAUGCAUAAAAUUAAGAAAAUCAAACACAACGUAAAACGGAUUAGAUUUACAGGGUUUUUAAGUUGUUUGAUUUAACAAAUGGAGAGACUGAGGUUUACGUUCUGGAAGUGGCGUUAAGUGAACACAAGGCAACAAAAACAAAUCUACGUCACACCAGGGCCAAAAUAUUUAUAAGUGAAUGUCUUGGAGCUUGCCUAAGUCAAAAUGUAUUGAUUUGAUGCCUAUUUUAUUUCUUUAGCUGCAUGCUGUUCAGUGUUUUUGUUUUUUCCUCUUUUUGAGUGGGGGAGUUAUUGUGGUUGCACAAUAACUCCAGCAAACCUGAUUAUAUCAAGUUUGCUGAAAGAACAUAGAAGAUAAAGAGAGGAGUCUGUGUCCCAGAAUGUCAUGAAUUUCAGACUCUGUUACAUUAAAAAAAUAUAGUACUAGUG